GGGGAGAAAUAUUUGCCUACCCGAUGUUUCUGCAAAAAGAAAUGUCCAAGAAGGCAAAUGUUACAUUCUUUUGCAUGGAUGUUACUUGCAGGUACUGGCCAUACCUUAACAAACUAGCAGAGGGGUUACCAGAGCUUCUGCCCUUGACGGACAUGAGGCCAUUUCUUAGCGUCAUGCAUGCUAAAGCUCAUACAGCAAAAUGCGAGGUGAGAUGGGGUGGCAGAAGCCAGGAUAGAGCAGGAAACACAGUGGGAGAGGAAGUGGAGCAGGUGAACAGCUUUCUUUCCAGGGCAGCUCUUGUCACAAAAUAUAUGACAAAAGCAGGAAGAGUCAACAUGCUAACCCAACAGGCCAUGGGUUGGAACCGACGAAAGAGGGAUAACCUUCAUCAAGCGUUAGCCCACAGAUACCUCAAAAUCACAGAUAGGGCAAAGGUGGAAGCUGUCAGCCUCAGGAGCAUCAAGGAGCAACACAACCUGGAUCAGGAGACCACACAGCAGUGGGUGUGUGAUGUCAGGCAGUGGGCGUUAACAGACAGAGUCUACACUCCAGGGUGCACUGAAGACCUCAGGGCUGAAAUUGAAAACUUAACAGUAACCCUUUUGCGCAAGAAGCAAGACCUGUAUCGUCAGCAUGAUAGCAACCAGACAAGACAGAGAAAACGGAAGACAAUGGCACAGCUGAAGAUAAAGCUUCGUGAUCUGGUCUUGCAGUACAACACCACCAUGGAAGGAGAUCAGAUUGACGAGGAGCUGGCGUGCAGUUUGACAGAUGGCUACAUCCUGCCAUGGGAGACGCAUGAAGAUGAUUUUGGUGACCUGACAGAGGACGCUACACAUGGGCUCAACAGUGUUCUCAGUCGGAGGUGGCACUACCUAAAAAGCCAAAAGAAACAGGCUGUAAAUGCUUACAGUAGUAUAGCCUCGAAGGAACUUGUUUUCUUCCAUAUACAGGAGGACAUUGAAGAUUGGGAGGACAACGGCUUCACUAGCCCCGAGUCAGAGGAAGAAGAAACGUAA